GUUCUGUUUAGUCUUUACUUAAACUAUCCUCAACACAUUGAAACAGCCCAUAUCAGAGGAAAACUAUCCCUUAUCGUGCAGUUUUGAGUUAUAUUAACACAGCGAUACAGUUAUUUAACAGACAGUAAUGCGGGGUAAACGGCAGCCGUGCCGCUCUGUGCUGAAGUUGUCCAAAGCGAGCCCCUCUGUUCACCACACAAGCGCAGUGAUCCAGUAGCUGCUGCUGGAGCACACCGGAUUUCACAGCGAGUGACUCUGUCAGCAGAGUUAGCACAGUUAGCCUUCCGAUUCAAAACCAAGGGUACUGUGGAUAAACGGGGCGGCUGGAAACGACGGAGGGGUUUCAAAGACGUAGAAACCGCGAUUCUCUCAGCUAAGCAAAGACAGAGCCCUCUGUGGAGAGAUGGCUAUGGUAUGUCUGACCGACUUUGAGGAGUAUGCCAAACGGCAUCUCUCCAAGGCUACUUGGGAUUACUAUGCAGCUGGAGCAGAUGAGUGCUGCACCAGAGAUGACAAUUUGCUGGCCUAUAAAAGGAUCCGAUUAAGGCCGCGGAUCUUACGGGAUGUGUCAGUGAGUGACAUUCGGACUACGGUGCUGGGCACAGAAAUCAGCUUCCCUGUUGGUAUUGCACCCACUGCUUUCCACUGUCUGGCCUGGCAUGAAGGAGAGCUGGCCACUGCCCGAGCCACAGAAGCGAUGAACACCUGCUACAUCACCAGCACCUACUCUACAUGUUCAGUGGAGGAGAUUUGUGCUGCAGCACCAAACGGUUACCGCUGGUUCCAACUGUAUGUGUACCGUGAUCGUAAAAUCUCAGAGCAGAUUGUGCACAGGGUGGAGGCACUUGGCUACAAAGCCUUGGUGCUCACUGUGGAUGUGCCGUACACUGGCAAACGCCGUGAUGACAUUCGCAACCAGUUUAAGCUCCCACCACAUCUGAAGGUGAAGAACUUUGAUGGGACCUUUCAGGACUCUACAGGUCCUGAAGAGUAUGGAAUCCCUGCCCACACUUUGGACCCAUCCAUCAGUUGGAAAGAUGUGCACUGGCUGCAGUCUCUCACUCACCUGCCCAUUAUUAUCAAAGGCAUCCUAACUAAAGAGGAUGCAGAGCUGGCUGUGGAGCAUGGAGUCCAAGGGAUCAUCGUGUCCAACCAUGGAGGACGACAACUGGACGGGGGACCGGCUACAAUUGACUGUCUGUCUGAGAUAGUGGACACAGUGCAAGGCCGGAUUGAGGUGUACAUGGACGGCGGGAUUCGCACAGGCAGUGACGUGUUGAAGGCCUUGGCUCUGGGGGCCAAAUGUGUGUUUAUUGGAAGACCAGCAAUCUGGGGCCUUGCUUACAAGGGUGAGGAGGGAGUGAGGGAAGUCCUCCAAAUUUUAAGUGAUGAGUUUCGUUUGUCCAUGGCCUUAUCAGGUUGCAGAAAUGUGGCCGAGAUUAACAGGAACCUCAUUCAGUUCUCUAAACUUUGACAAAAGAGCAGAAAAUAACAGCAUGAAUAACAUCUGAAGAUGGGCUUUACUUACCCAAUGUGCCAGCAAAGUUCUGUUACACAAAAAUGUAUUUCAUGGCUGUUAUCCCACACAGAGCAACAUGCGGGUUUAAAGAAGGAUAUGGCUAAGAAUGGUUCACUGAAUACUAUUAUGACAAAUGAAUCAUGUACAGCAGAAACACUGAAGAUACGAUGUUUCAUAUGUAUAAUAUAAUAGAGAUUUGUUUAAAAACAAAUAUAGGAGUAGAAAAAUAUUGUCAGAUUUGCAAUAAGCUUAAACUAGCAAGCUCGCUCGCUAAGAUCUAGCAAUUCUAAAUCUAUGUGUGAUAAUGUUUCAAGACUGAGGCACUGGUUAGCCCUGGGGUGUGUUAAAGUGCAUGAAGGGUGAAAGUGGGUUUGAGAGUGCAGACAGCAAACUAUUAGGCUAAGACAAGUUUGCAUCUGACAGUUAUUUUUAGCAUUUUUAUCUCUAGUUGUGCAGUGUAUUGUGACUAGAGGGAGAGGUUUGGUUAAAAAAAAGUUGUAGUCAGAGGAUAAAAUAUUGCUUAGUGGGGGAGCAGUACUCAAUACCUGCUAGUGUGUUGUAAUUUAAAUCAAAUGUCAAUUAAUUCAGCAUAAUAAACACUUGUGUUGUCAAUGUCCUGAGUCAUCUUGAGCUUGUGUAUCUUAAGUAGCAGAGCUUGUUGUGUUAAAGAUCAGGGUUAUUACGCAAGAAUAAGAAUCUUACAAAACCAGAGCACAGACUGUUUUGCAUGCUUUAUUUAAUAUGUAUCAAGAUAAAACAAAAAUCAUAUAAUAAAGAAAUCUUUUAAAUGUG